ACAGGUUUAAAUAAAAUUAUAUUAAAAAUGAUACUUAUUAUGAACUAAAAAAUAAAUCCUUAAGUUAUUUCCAACAAAAUUAAAAUUUUUUUUUUUGUUAAUGUGCUGUUUGUUUAAAUUUCUAAAUGAAGAGAAAAAGUUGCAACAAUGUAUGGGAAGAAAAGGGUGGGUAUAUACAAAUGAAAGCAGACAAGUUGCAAAAUCAGUUUCAAGAUGAAUCAAUUAUCCACAGAAAAUCAAAUAUUUUUAAGAAUGUUUCUAUCUGGGUCAACGGAUACACUUAUCCAUCAUCUGAUGAGUUAAAGAGAUUAGUUGGAGAAAAUGGUGGCCGCUAUCAACAUUAUUUUUCAAAAACUCACGUUACCCAUGUUAUAGCUACAAAUUUAACGAGCAGCAAAAUCAAAGAUUUAAAGAAAAAUGAUCAAGUUGUACAUCCUGAUUGGAUUGUAGAUUGUGUUAGUGCCGGAAAAUUACUACCAGUUGACAAAUACUUGCUUUACUCAACAAAUAAACGCGAUGGAACUGAACUAAAGUUUAAUUUUGAUGCAAAGAAAACCCCAGAAAGUUUACAAAGUCAUAUCAUAGUUCCCAAAACUGGAAAAUGUUUGAGUGAGAAUGAAUGCAUUCCACAUUUGAAGAAUGAGAAUGGAUGUAUUCCACAUUUGAAGAAUGAGAAUGGAUGCAUUCCACAUUUGUCUAAGCAUGAUUAUAGUGUAAAUGAAACAAAGAAAUUACCUUGUAAAGCAGGUGAUCCAAAUUUUAUAUCAGAAUAUUAUUCUCAUUCUCGUUUACAUCAUCUAUCAAUGUGGAAAGCAGAGUUAAAGAAAUUUACUAUAGACAUCCAAAAGAAAAGGAAACAGUUUAAUAAUGAAAUUGUUGGAAAAAAAUUCAAUCGAUUAAUUAUGCAUGUUGACAUGGAUUCGUUCUUUGUUUCUGUUGCUCAAACAAUUGAUCAAAGUCUUAAAGGAAAAGCAAUUGCUGUGUGUCAUGCUAAUAAGUCUAAUGGAUCCUCAGAUUCUUAUUCAAGUAUAGCAUCUUGCAGUUAUGAAGCUCGUUGUUUCGGUUUGAAAAAUGGCAUGAUGUUAAAUAAAGCCAAAUCAUUAUGUCCAAAUCUUAUAUGCGUACCCUAUCAUUUUGACCAAUACCGAAAAGUAUCACAAAAAGUUUAUAAAAUCCUUUCAAGUUAUACUUGUGAGAUAGAAGCUGUUAGCUGUGAUGAAGCAUUAUUAGAUAUUACACAUAUUGCAGGAGAUGUUUAUGAUCUUGCUGAAAAAAUUAGAAAAGAUAUAUUUGAAGAAACUAAGUGCACUGCUUCAUGUGGAAUUGGUGAGAAUAUUUUGUUAGCAAAGCUUGCUACUAAACAAGCCAAACCAAAUGGUGUUUGCUACAUCCAAAAAUGUGAUGUUCCUGAAUUUAUUGCAAGUCAAAAGGUUUGUAACCUUCCUGGCAUUGGUGCUAUCUAUAGUGAAAAACUGUCUUCUUUAUCAAUCUUAACAUGUGCAGACCUUCAAAAAUUUUCAUUAUUUUUUUUAAAAAAAGAAUUUGGUCAAAAGCUUGGUGAAAUGUUGUACAAUUUUUGUCGUGGAGAAGACAGUCGCACAUUAAAACUUUAUGAAGAACGAAAAAGUGUCUCUGCAGAAAUAAAUUAUGGAAUGAGGUUUAGUUCUAUGAAAGAAGUUGAAGAGUUUAUUGACCAACUUUCAAAGCAAGUUGAAGUUCGAUUAACAGAGGCUGAAAAGAAAGGAAAACUUAUCACUUUAAAGAUGAUGAUUCGUCAAAAAGGGGAAGGAAAUCCUUUGAAAUACAUGGGCCAUGGUUUAUGUGAUAAUGUUAGCAAAUCAAUCAUGAUUUCGAGCCCAACUAAUAGUUCUGAAUUGAUAUCUCGUUACUGUCUCCAACUCUUGCAUUUAUUCACUGUUAUUGCACAAGAUAUCAGAGGAAUAGGAAUACAGGUAACAAAGUUAUCAGACAACAUAAUUCAAAACAAAGCAGUUGAUUUGUUUAAAUUCAUGAAUCACGCUAAAGUUCUUAACAAUGGUAAUGGUCAGUUUAUUCAAGAUAAUGUUCUUAACAAUUCUAUUGGUCAGGUUGUUCCAGAUGUCCUUAACAAUUCUAUUGGUCAGGUUGUUCGAGAUGUUCUUAACAAUUCUAGUUGUCAGGUUGUUCAAGAUGUUCUUAACAAUUCUAGUGGUCAGGUUGUUCAUGAUGCUAACAUUCCUAAAACAAGUAGCAAGGUUGUUCAAGAUAGUGAACAGAAUGCAUCAAAUAUUUUAUCAAGUCCAGAUUUAUUUGAACCAACAUCUUUUAUUUUGGAAUCACCAAAUAUUAAAAAUCAGAGCGAAUGUGACUCUUGGAAUCUCUCAGUAUUGAAUCAGUUGCCAAUUGAUAUACAAGAAGAGCUUCAACUUCAAUGUAGAACAAAAAACUCUUCAAAAAUCUAUCAUCAUGGAGAAUUUCAUGAAAAAAUAUUAGAUCAAAAAUUAUCAUCUAAAAUAAUUACAAGUCCCUCAAAAAAAGCUCAAACAAAAAAAUAUAACCAAAUGAGUCCAGAUAAAAAGCGUAGAAGAGGACGACCAAAAACGGUUAUUUCACUUUUAGACUCAAGUAAAUUUAGAGAUAUCAAGACUUCUUUAAAAAUUAAUAAAAGUAGUUUUUUAACCCCUGCCAAUGUUGACAUUAAUAUAUUAAAUGAACUACCUGAAGAAAUUAGAAAUGAAAUACUUGCUGAGUUAAAAAAUACUAAAUUUAUUUCCAAAGAGAAAAAAGUAGUACAAAGUGAAAUUCAGAAUAAUAAAAUUUCUCAUGGAAAAAAACAGUUUUUAAACCAAAUAUCAUUUUUACCAUUACAGAAACCAUCUGUAACAACACCUAUAUCAGCUGCACCUUUAAAUAUUGCAACUUCAUCUGCAACUCUAGUAAAGUUGACUGCACCUCCAAAAAUUGUAAACUCAUCUGUACCUCUUCAAACGUCACUAGUAUAUGAACAGUUGCCACAAGUUUCUUUUACAUUCCAAACACCACUAGUUGCUCUUCCAUCACAAAAAAAUUUUAAUGAUGUUUUAUUAUCACCGUCACAAAUUAAUAAAUCUUUUAUGGAAGCACUUCCUGAAGACAUUCAAAGUGAACUUUUGCUAGAAAUUAAAAAUGCAAAAAAAAAAAAUCUUAUGGAUGUGAAGCCAAAAGAAAAUGAGACAAUUUUAGGUUUUAAAGAAACUCGUGUUAAUUUCAAUAAUGUCAAUCUUGAUUGCAAUAAUGCCAAUGUUGAUUGCAAUACACCUUUGAUUUCUAAUAAAAAGUUAUUAAAUCAUAAAGAAAAAAAUUUUGAUGUAUUAUCACCUUCUCAGUUGGAUAUUUCAGUUUUUAAUGAAUUGCCUGUUGAGUUGCAAAGAGAAGUAAUGAUGGUUGCACGUUCUAACAAAAAUAGAACCAUUCGUCAUAGUGAAAGGCAAAAAUUACUGAAUAAUGAUCAAGCCAUAAUUAAAAAAGAUCAAAACACAAUCGAAAAAGAUUUUAAACUUACUCAGGUUAUUCCAGUUUUUAAUGGAUUAUCAACAUCAUCAUUUUCAACAUCAUCUGAAAUCACAAAAUCUAUCAGUGAAAUAAAAGCUUAUUUACAAAAUUGGAUUUUAUCAGGAGUUGAGCCAAAUCCUAAAGAUGUAGAAGCAAUAAAAUCCUAUAACCAUUUACUAAUUAAGUCGCGUAAUAUGGAAACACUGCAAUUACUGCUUUUAUAUUUUAAAAGGUUGGUUUCUAAAACAACAACACUUAGUUACUGGAAAUCUAUUUUUAAUGAAGUCCUCUCAGAUACUCAAAAAUUUAUGAAGCUGAAAUAUAAUGGAAGAUUAAAUAUUCUCCGGUUAAGUUGUGAUGACUAUGCGCUUGACAUGCAUCAAGUCAAAUAAAAAUUUUCUAACAAAUUAUAGAUUGCAAUGAUUGUGUAACCAUUACAAUGAGUGUGGUAAAAAAUGUUUAUCAGUUAAUGUUCAAUUAAAAGAUAAAC